AAAGUUUUAUAUAGCUUAUUAUACUGAGCCAUUAACAGCAGCAGAGCGUUUAUAAGUUGAGGCAACCGUUAAAAUAUUAAAAACAAAAAUUUACAUAAAAAUAUUUAUUAAAAAAGUUACUAAAACCAGCAAAGGAAAUCCAUAACUAUGAAGUCCUACACGAGCGCACUCUCCAUUUUCGUUGUCAUCUUGGCACUAGCAAAUGCCACUGAAGUGAGAAAAUGUCCAAAAUCCGCUGCACGCGCUCUCACCGCAGACGAAGUGACCAUCUCCAGUUGUCCGAAAAAUAAAUGCACACUCAAGCGUAACACCGAGGCCAGCAUAGAGAUGACAAUUAAGCCAGAACGCGACUUUGCCGAGCUCAAUUCUGACAUACAGGGUAUUAUUUUGGACGUACCACUACCGUUCCCCGGCUAUUAUGGCACCAGCGCUUGUCCUUACAUCUACGAUGCGGAGGGUAAGGAUAAGGUGGGCUGCCCCCUAAAAGCCGGCGAAACAUAUACCUACAAGAAUAGCUUCAAGAUAUUACCAAUUUAUCCAACUGUGAAUUUGGUCAUUCACUGGGGUUUGGGUGACAAGCAAGGUGAUGCUGUAUGCUUCCAAAUACCAGCGAAAAUUAAGUCGUAAGUGGGAAACAGUUGGCAGAGCAAUGCUGUGGGUUAAAACAUAUGGAUGUGUGUGUUAAUGUAAGAAAUGCUAAAUUGUUUAAUUGUGAUAGAUUUUUACCGAUUUUAACGCAGUAACGGUAUUGUAUUACAUAUUGUAUUAUAAAUAAAAUGAUAUACGAUUUUUUAUAAGUCUCUAGAGGCCAAAAACUCUAGAGAGCUUCUUAGAUGAGUCAAUAUCGAAAUUUCAAUGCAAAGGAGUUAAUUGACUUAAUUAAGGGGCUGUCUGAAAGGCUUUUUGGUAAAUUUAUUCGACUAGAGAAGGUAGAUUUUUAAAUAAAACUUGCACUUAGCACUCCAUUA